AUGCAGAGUUCCCCUGGAGGAGGCGUGGUUCCCAGGUUGUCCCCUGUGGGCAGGCGGACACUCCUGGCCUGCAGCUUUAUCCUUGCAGCAGCUUUGGGCCAGAUGAAUUUCACAGGUGACCAGGUUCUUCGAAUCCUGGCUAAAAAUGAGAAGCAGCUUUCACUUCUCAGGGAUCUGGAGGGCCUGAAGCCACAGAAGGUGGACUUCUGGCGUGGCCCAGCCAGGCCCAGCCUCCCUGUGGACAUGAGGGUUCCCUUCUCUGAGUUGAAAGACGUCAAAGCUUACCUGGAGUCUCACGGCCUUGCUUACAACAUCAUGAUAAAGGACAUCCAGGUGCUGCUGGACGAGGAGAGAGAAGCCAUGGCGAAAUCCCGCCGGUUGGAGCGAAGCACCAGUAGCUUCAGUUACUCCUCUUACCACACCCUGGAGGAGAUCUAUACCUGGAUUGACAACUUUGUAACUGAGCAUUCAGAUAUUGUCUCAAAACUUCAGAUUGGCCACAGCUUUGAAAAUCGGUCCAUCCUUGUUCUGAAGUUCAGCACUGGAGGUUCUCGGCGCCCGGCCAUCUGGAUUGAUUCUGGAAUCCAUUCCCGGGAGUGGAUCACCCAUGCCACCGGCAUCUGGAUUGCCAGGAAGAUUGUCAGUGAAUACGGCAAAGACCGCGUCGUAACAGAUGUACUGAACACCAUGGACAUCUUCCUGGAGAUCGUCUCUAAUCCCGAUGGGUUUGCUUAUACUCACAGCAUGAACCGCUUGUGGCGGAAGAACAAGUCCAGCAGACCGGGAAUCUUCUGCAUUGGUGUGGAUCUUAACAGGAACUGGAAGUCAGGCUUUGGAGGAAAUGGUUCUAACAACAACCCCUGCUCAGAGACUUAUCAUGGGCCCUCCCCUCAGUCAGAGCCAGAAGUGGCUGCCGUCGUGGACUUUAUCAUGUCCCAUGGGAAUGUCAAGGCUCUGAUCUCCAUCCACAGCUACUCUCAGAUGCUCAUGUACCCCUACGGCCACUCUCUGGAGCCUGUUUCAAACCAGGAGGAGUUGUACCAUCUUGCCAAGGAUGCAGUGCAGGCCCUGUAUGAGGUUCAUGGGAUCGAGUACAUUUAUGGCAGCAUCAGUACCACCCUCUAUGUGGCCAGCGGGAUCACAGUUGACUGGGCCUACGACAGUGGCAUCAAGUACUCCUUCAGCUUCGAGCUCCGGGACACAGGGCGCUACGGCUUCCUGCUGCCCGCCGCGCAGAUCAUCCCCACGGCCCAGGAGACGUGGAUGGCCAUUCGGGCCAUCAUGGCGCACACACUGCAUCACCCCUACUGACAGCACUGCUGAGGGGAGAGCCACAGGGCUAGUUUUCUUUUCCGAGGCCUGGGCUCCUCCUGAAACCCAAGUUAUGGAUCCCUUCCCCA